GUCAGCGCGCCGCGCGGGGCGGACUCGGGCCGGCUAUAGGGGGCAGCGCGCGGCUCCGGGCGGCGCUGAGCGAGCCAGGCAGGCCCCAUGGCUGCCAGCCGGGCUUCCAACGGCCGCGCCACGCUCCCCGGCGGGGGGCUGAAGCGGGCGCGCAGCGAGCCGGGCGGCAGCCGCGUGACCGUGGUGCUGGGGGCGCAGUGGGGAGACGAAGGCAAAGGCAAGGUGGUUGACCUGCUGGCCACCGAGGCGGAUAUCGUCUGCCGGUGCCAGGGUGGGAAUAAUGCAGGCCACACUGUCGUCGUCGAUGGGAAGGAAUAUGAUUUUCAUCUCUUUCCUAGUGGCAUAAUUAAUACAAAGGCAAUUUCGUUCAUUGGUAAUGGGGUGGUUAUACAUUUACCAGGAUUGUUUGAAGAAGCUGAAAAAAAUGAAAAAAAAGGUUUAAAGGAGUGGGAAAAACGACUCAUCAUAUCAGACAGAGCACACAUUGUGUUUGACUUUCAUCAGGCAGUUGAUGGACUUCAAGAAGUGCAGCGUCAAGCGCAAGAGGGAAAAAAUAUUGGAACAACAAAGAAAGGAAUUGGACCAACGUAUUCUUCCAAAGCUGCAAGAACAGGCCUUCGUAUUUGUGACCUCCUUUCAGAUUUUGAUGAAUUUUCUUCAAGGUUCAAGAAUCUGGCACACCAGUACAAGUCAAUGUUUCCCACAUUGGAAAUAGACAUAGAAGGGCAACUGAAAAAACUAAAGGGAUAUGCUGAAAAAAUAAGACCAAUGGUCCGAGAUGGUGUUUAUUUUAUGUAUGAAGCUCUUCAUGGUUCCCCAAAGAAAAUUCUUAUUGAAGGUGCCAAUGCUGCACUACUUGACAUUGACUUUGGCACAUACCCAUUUGUGACUUCAUCAAACUGUACCGUGGGUGGUGUGUGCACCGGACUCGGUAUUCCUCCGCAGAAUAUUGGUGAAGUAUACGGUGUGGUGAAGGCAUACACUACGAGAGUGGGAAUUGGAGCCUUUCCCACUGAGCAGAUAAAUGAAAUUGGAGACCUCUUGCAGUCCCGAGGCCAUGAAUGGGGUGUAACCACAGGCAGAAAAAGGCGCUGUGGCUGGUUAGAUCUUGUGAUUUUGAGAUAUGCUCACAUGAUCAAUGGAUUCACUGCUCUGGCAUUAACAAAACUGGAUAUUCUGGAUGUCCUUGAUGAGAUUAAAAUUGGUAUUGCUUACAAACUAGCUGGAAAAAGAAUUCCAUAUUUUCCAGCUAAUCAGGAGAUACUGCAGAAGGUGGAAGUGGAGUAUGAAACAAUGCCAGGGUGGAAGACUGACACAACUGGAGCAAGGAAAUGGGAAGAUCUCCCAUCCAAAGCACAGAAUUAUAUUCGAUGUGUGGAAAACCAUGUUGGAGUGGCAGUAAAAUGGGUUGGAGUUGGAAAAUCAAGAGAGUCAAUGAUCCAGCUAUUUUAAACAAAGAAUUUUUGUGAUAAGAAGCCAAUGUAAUGUUCAUCUGUUUCUUACUACUUCUAAAUUAAAAUGGAAAUGCUGUUUAAAGCUAAAAUAUUAUUCUAGGAAACGAUUAGAAACAAAUAUAUAUAUUGUAAACUUUCUUUUAUCAGUAAAUGCAAAUUGUAAGUGAUAAAAAUCUGUUUGGUAGCCAUCAUCUUUUUAUCCUAUACACAUGUGCAAAAGCAUAAAGAAUUCAGUAAUUGAAUAAGAACAGGAAUGAAAAAAACAGUGUUUUUAUUUCUUUUUCUUCGACUUGAGCCAUGCCACUUUUAUGUCCAUAUGGAAUUAUUUCUUCAGGCUGAUAAUACUGACCAUUUUGCAGUAGCUACUGAGCAUUAGAAAAGUUGAAGGUGUGUUCUUCAAAGGAAAAUGUUACAGUUCCUGUUUCUGUAUGUUGGCUGCAGUACUACAUAUACAUUGCAUUUAAAAUUUUCCUGAUUAUGAAGACCCUCUCAAUCCCUAAAAUAAGUAAAAUUAGGUAAGCCUUUUGAUUACACAAAGCAAAGCAAAUUCAAUUAGCUUGAAGCCUGAGAUCUUUUUACAACCUGCUUUAAAAAAGGCAAAGGAGGUUGGGGAGAGAGAAACAACUAUGGUUGUAUCACAGAGUGAUGCAAGCCAGUAAUUGAGGUAACUUCUGGGGAUGAGCCAACCUGGAGAUAGCUGAGCUACCUAAGUAGUUCCUUCAGAUCUCCUGUUCACCUAGAGGCACCCCACAUGGAGGCUAUCAGAGGUGAUAUACUCCUCACUUGUGCAAAAUAAAGGAAAUCAGAGGAGUGAAGAAGAGCAAAAAGGGCCCUAAAGCCACAAAAGUGGUGGGGGUGGGAGGGAGUGGAGCCAAUGCAGCAUGAUGAACCUUCUCCCUGAAUUUGAGAUGUGUCUCCAUGCCAACACCAUACAUCUGGAGCUACCAGGUUUUGUGGAGCGUGGGUGGUGAGGCGCUGGAGAGCAGCAGCUGUAUGGUGGCAUGCUACCCUUUAAUCUGGUGGAUUUCCAAGCAUAAACCUAUGCAUGAUUUAAUGUUGCUACUUGCAGCCAUAACUCUCUUUCCCAGCUUUUGACCCCAUUCAGAAAAAUGUAGGCGGUGAAACCUGGUGCUAAAGGAGGGAACAUAUGGCAGCAGGUCUGAUGGGAGUGCUGAACUGUUGCAGCAAGGAAGGUGCAGCAGGGGUUCCAAAAUUUCCAGGGAUGGAUCUGGAUUUCCUCAUGGAUCCUCUGGUUGUGCAUGGUUAGAAGGCUGUGCUCUUUGCCUCCUGUGCAUGGCCCAAGCCCCUCUGUUAGAGGGGAGAAUGCUGCAGUAAUUGAAUUAUUCCAAAAGUUGUGGAAUUUUCAGAGCACGUUGACUUUUGGUGGUACCCUUUAGUACAGAAUAGGGAAAAAUAAGACCUGUCCAUGGACCUCUGAACACUUCCAGAUUCAGUUACCCCACAUUGUCCCAUUCCUAACAAUUAUCUAGGUAUAUUUUAACAUUUAUGGUCUGUUGUAUUUUUUUAAAGUAAAUAUUAUAUAGGAACAGCUGCAGCAUACAUAAAGAAGUAGUCAAGCCACGUAUAUUAUUGUAUAAAGAUGCAUUGGGGCUUGUGGUACAGUCCCUCUGAACCUUCCUGUGGCAGCAAUACAGUCUCUUUAUACCCCCAUCCAGCACAGCCUGUGGCUUUGUGGAUAGGUACUGGGUUUGUAAAAUUUUGGAGGGAGCCAGAAGUCAGAGGAUAAAAGCCUUCGAUGGGGGACUGAGGAGCAGAGCUGCCUACACUUAGUAAGGCAAGACGUGGCACGGCAUAACAGGGGCAGCUGGGCCACAUUUGAGUAUGAUGGUGAGUAUCUUCACUAAAUCUCAAUGCCACUCAAAUUUGGCCAACACGCCACCCUUAGCAAAAUUCUGGUCAUGUCUCUGGCUGGUGCCGGGGCUGGGCCUACUUUCCCCAUGAUUCCUUAUAACCUGGCACCUAUGGCUUUAUACCACCGUCCAGUCCUUUAUGUCCUGUGAUUUAAGCACAAGAGCUCCUCUGAGUCCUAACUCUGACUUCUUCAGUGGCCUGUGGCAAGUCAUUAAACUUGUUUGCCACAGUUUUGCCAUUGGUAAAAUGGCAGAUAAUAACACUUACUUACCUACCUCAUAUAGAUUUUUUUGAGGAUUAAUUAUGAUUGGGUCAAAUCCUGUGGUACUUACUCUUCUCUUUUGUUAGGCAAAACCCCCUUUGAUAGUUGGUGUUCUGCCAGUGUAAGGACUGUAGGAUUCAGACCUUAUGUAAUGUCUGUAAAGUGCUUUUGAAAAGUGUUCUGUAAGUGCUAAGUAUUAUGAGAAAUGUAAAAUGUAGCUCAUUUUAUUAGUUUAAGCACAAGCACUCUUGGCAAUGCACAGCUAAUCAAGUUUCAUUUCCAAUGGAGUUCCAAGUUUCAUUUCUCAUGUAAGUCAUCUAUGAGAUGGUUCAGAUUGAUUCUUUCUCUCAGCUCAUUGUCUUCAGCACAUUUUCAUUAGUGCAAAGCCAUUUUAUUUGGGUUUUGUUCAGUUUCAUAGGAUUAGGACCACAGUAACAGUUACUCACAAUGUGCCCACAGCUGUCAGGUUAAAUAAGCAACCCUAAAUAAAUCAUUUUUGUACAUUAAAAAUGAAGUUGUUGUAAAUGUAUUAUUGUCACAGGAUGAAUGUCUCUUGCUUUAUCUAGAUCUUUAUUUUCUAUAAAAUGCCUUUCUAUUUUGCCUUUGCUUUAGGACCUCAUCCAAGCUCACUCAUGCCCUUAAUUUUAACCACAUCAGCAGACUGUUAUCCUGUGACACUUAUGUUUCCUUGUUGUCUCUUUAAUUUAAUUGCAUAGAUUU